AUGUCUAGCAGCGGCGUUAUGGAUCGCGAGCAUGCGCUGUCAACAUUCAAGGAAAAGCUAUUGGAGUCUAGAGAAUGGGAGGCAAAGCUCAAGGCUCUGCGGUUAGAAAUUAAAGGGUUGCAGAAGGACUUCGACCAUACUGAGGACAAUAUCAAAGCUUUACAAAGUGUUGGACAAAUCAUCGGCGAGGUUUUGAAACAACUUGAUGAUGAGAGAUUUAUUGUUAAAGCAUCAUCAGGCCCCAGAUAUGUUGUCGGCUGCAGAUCGAAAGUCGACAAAUUGAAGUUGAAGCAAGGAACCCGUGUCGCGCUCGAUAUGACAACUCUCACAAUUAUGCGAAUGUUACCUCGAGAAGUCGAUCCCCUCGUUUAUAAUAUGUCUUUGGAAGAUCCUGGACAAGUAAGCUUUGGUGGAAUUGGUGGUUUGAACGAACAAAUUAGGGAACUACGAGAAGUCAUCGAGCUGCCACUUAAGAAUCCGGAGUUAUUCUUGCGAGUCGGUAUCAAGCCUCCAAAGGGUGUUUUGUUAUAUGGGCCUCCAGGAACCGGGAAGACUCUGUUAGCAAGAGCUGUUGCUAGCAGUCUGGAGACAAACUUCUUGAAGGUUGUUUCAUCUGCUAUCGUCGAUAAGUAUAUUGGAGAAUCUGCGCGUCUGAUCAGAGAAAUGUUUGGUUAUGCCAAGGAACAUGAGCCAUGUAUUAUCUUCAUGGACGAAAUUGAUGCCAUUGGUGGACGUAGAUUUUCGGAGGGAACUUCGGCAGAUCGUGAAAUUCAGAGAACAUUGAUGGAAUUAUUGAAUCAACUCGAUGGUUUUGAUUAUUUGGGAAAGACAAAAAUUAUCAUGGCAACCAACCGUCCAGAUACGCUGGAUCCCGCACUUCUCAGAGCUGGGCGUCUUGACAGGAAGAUUGAAAUUCCUUUACCAAAUGAGGUCGGACGAUUGGAAAUUAUGAAGAUUCACGCUUCCAGUGUAGUCAUUGAUGGCGAGGUUGACUUUGAGAGUGUGGUAAAGAUGAGUGAUGGUUUGAACGGUGCUGAUUUACGAAAUGUCGUCACAGAAGCUGGUUUAUUUGCUAUCAAGGAUUACAGAGAUGCUGUUAACCAGGACGAUUUUAAUAAAGCAGUUCGCAAAGUGGCAGAAUCAAAGAAAUUGGAGGGCAAGCUGGAAUACCAAAAACUAUGA